CCCAUCCGUUGUCCCGUACACGCUCGUAUCUCAUCACGACGUAUUCUGAAAAAUGCUCCUCCUGCCUUCAAUACUCGUUGCAUGUUCAUUAAUAAACACAACGUUCGCUGGUUUCACAGGAAGGAGUGACUCCGGAUGGCACGGCGUGUCUAAUUACGGAGCCACGAAUUAUGGCUCCGUCGGCAACGAUAUAAACGGUCAUCAGGAUCUUUCUUCUUAUGGAUCGUUUUCUUCUUACGGAAGUGCUGGUGAUCUUCACGUAGGCCAUGGACUUAAUACCGGGAACGUUCAGCACACAUUCGCACAAUCAGUGCCAAUCAGCGAGCACGUGGAAGUCACGAAACCGGUGCCAGUGCCAGUCGUAAAGAAUAUCGGUGUUCCAGUGGCGCAACCCGUGAAUAUUCCUGUGCCUCAUCUUGUGGCUAUAGCUGUUCCCCAACCUUACCCUGUUCACGUACCGGUCGCUCAUCCGGUCGCCGUACCGGUCGUGAAGACCAUCGCGAUUCCGGUGGAGAAGAAGGUGCCGUAUCCGGUGGAGAAGAUCAUACCAGUGCCUGUGGAAAAAGCGGUGCCGAUAACAGUGGAGAAGCACAUACCCGUGCCAGUGGAAGAACCGUAUCCGAUUCACAUACCAGUUUACAAGCACGUUUUCCACCGGAAAACGAGAAGUCGCGGCCACCAUGGCUACCAUGGUUGAAUACAUUGAAGAAAGUUUCAUGACGAUUAAACGUGAUUCUAGCAGUAGCCGUCCGAGAGACGGCUCGUGAAGCGUCCUUCGUGAAGCCAGAUGACGCUGCGAUAUUGCGGUAAACUCAUCAUGAUUACUUUUAUUGAGUUAUAAGCGUUGCGAUUUGCUGUCAUAGUCGUUGAUGAUGCGAAAUAUAGUAUACGCUUCUUUUCUGUAGACAGACUGUACUUAUAAGUUGUAUUUAUACUUGCUUUGGCGUGUCUAC